AUGUUGGAAUUAAUCAUUCAUUUCAAAAGACAAUCCAAUUAUGAUUCAAUGUCACUCGCUCAUGGAGAUUUAAAUGCAGAGGAGGCAGAAGAAAUGGCAAAUAUUCAAAUCUUGUAUCAACAAAUUGAAAUGGGAAAAUGUGUAAAUUAUUCAGAUACCAUGCAAGAUGGUUCUGGUGAUCAUAAUUAUUUUGAACAUUAUUAUCGUGAUCAUGUUGAAUCACUCAGAAAUGAGAAUAUUCACCCUGAAGCUAUUGCAGAAGAGUAUGAACAUCGAUUACGACUUCUCGUGAUGAAUAUGGACAAGUAUGAAAAAGUGAAAUCCCUUCAUUCAAGUUUUGAACUUUUUCUCAUGAAAGCUCACAUUCUUUCUCUUGGAAUGUUAAAACAUUUUGAUGUGGAAUCACAAAAUAGAGGUCGCUUCGAAACAGCGUUGGUGAAUGAAGAAUUUCAUGAUUCAUUCAAGUUUCCACACGUUGCGAAUAUUUGUGAACAUGAUUUGGUGGGACAUGAAGGACAGUGUUUGGUGGCAUGUGUGAAAGAGUUUUGGCCAAACAGUGAAAUUUAUUCGAGUGCUAUUCAAUUUUUAAGUAUUGGAUUUGAUGAAUAUUUUGGAACAUGUUUUGAAAAGAUAUUCUUUCCUAAUGUAAAAUAUUUACGAAUUGUCAUUGGGAAUGAUCAAUAUUACAGAUCUGAAGAAUCGAUUCAAGAUGAGAAGCAAUUAUUUUCUUCGCUUAAUAAGAAGGCAUUUUCCAAGCUGUGCCACUUGUCAGUAACGGGAAUUUUUGAUAUUGAACAUCUAUGCUUGAGUGGAAUUCUCGAUCAAUUGUUGUAUCUCGAUAUAGUACCCUACCCAUAUGAUGCAAAUGGAUACGAACGAAAACAGCACUGGAAUGAAAAUGGAAUGCCCAAGUUCAUUCAAGCAUUGACAAAAGAGAAAUGUCCUCUUCUCCAUCAAUUGAUUGUUCAUGCAACCAUUCAUUGUAAAUGGCCAGAGAUCACCAGAGAUCAGAUGAGAAACUUUUAUGAAAGCACGAAAAACAAAUUUGUGGCCUCUCUCGCUCAUUCAUCUAUUGAGGAUUAUUAUUCGACAUGUUAUGAGUAA